AUGCUCGGCGUGCUCAUGAGCUUACUUCUCACCCUCUCGAUCAGAGAUGCACUUGCAUUGGCUUCACAAAGUGAUGCGGUGCCAGCUCGACAACUGGAGCCCGCAGCAAAAGACGUGCAAGGCGCGAGCAAAGGGGUGUUGCAUCCUGCCAACAGCUCUCAUGUCGGACGCGUGCACGAGCAGAAAGGUGAAGAAAGAGCACUUACGCAUUUCGAGAAUUUGUUCAAUGAGCUUGCCACAACCGUUAAAAAGAUCGAACCCGGCAGUCCUCCCCCGAGAGACGAGCUGAUCAAGCUUUUCAAGAAGAUGGCUAAUGAGGAGACGUACCUACUGUCAAUGGGGCAUCUACAUGAUGUCUCCGCGGCCGAGGCACGGUUCAUCCUACACUCUGCUUCGAUCUUCAAGUUGGCGAUGGACAAGGGGACAAGGCCGAUUGACAUGUACAAGGAGGUAUUUUUCACAGAGGGCCACGAGGCUGCACUUGCACAGAUGCACCUGUACCGUAAGUUCCUCCACAACCAAUGGCAUUUCCUGACACUUGAACACCACUGGAUGGUAUUCAACAAAGAGUUCUGGGAAGCCGUGGAUGCCGUUGGAAUGGAAACAGUUCAGUGGAUUUUUUCAACACAGAAGGCAAACGUUUUGCGUUCAAAUAGCGAGAAGCUGUAA